AUGGCUGACCCAAAAGCGCAGUCCCUGCACGAUUUCGCAAUCCUCACCAUAAUUAAUGUCUUUGGAUUGCUUUACUUUUACCUUUUUGUGAUUCAAUUUCUGCUCUUCCAUUUCCCCUCCACCCCCGGAGGUAUUCUCGACUCCCUGUCCGUGCUAGCCUUUUGCGCAGGUGUCAUCUUCUGGUGCUUGUCCAGCCUCUUCUACCGCUUUGUAGACGCUUUCGGGGGCAAUGAUGCGGCAGAGUGGCAAAAGCUGGAGCCUGGAGCCACUUUAGUCCUGAUCUGGGCGGCCACCCUUCCUUCGGUGGUUGUGCUGUUCCGCACCGAACCCUGCCUCCAGCUCGGAUACCUAGCUGCCUUUACCGUCGUUGCUGUCGGCAUCCUGGUGGAGUUUGUGGUCUCCGAUCCCAGUGUUUGUGGGGUUCAAUACCGGUUUCCGUACAGCUGCGUUUCACUGGGUUUACUUUCGCUCAUACCAACUAUUUAUGCUCUGACCGGGACGUUUCAGAGCCCACCUGCAGUGGCGGUACACUUCAGUCGAGUCGCCAUUGGAAAUUCUCUUGGUGCUGCGUUCUAUCUGCUUCGUCCGUUAGAGAGAAUUGGGGCGGUGAAUGGCUGGCGGCCCAGUCUCUAUGUGAUGCAUUUAGUCCUUGUCUACAGCGCCGUCACUUAUUCGAGGAUUUCCUUAUCUGCAGUACUUCAAAUGGCAGCAUGA